AUGGCUGGUACGCGCGAGGAGGCGUGCGCGGCAGGCGAGGCAGCGAUGAGGGCGCUGCAGGCAAUGAGGAGCGAGCUGGCAGCGCUGAAGCUUGAAGUAGCGGCGAUGCGGGAGGUGGAGGCAGAGAAGCAGAGUGUGGCGAACCAAGUGGCAGCGCUGCAGUGGGAAGUGGCGUCCGUGCGGGAGGCGGCAGCAGCGAAGCAGAGCCUGGCGGACGAGGUGGCAGCGCUGCGGCAACAAGUAUUCGGGCUGUGGGAGCUGGCGGGAAUGCGGACGAGGGACGUGCAACGGCUGACGGGCGAGGUGGCGGAGAUGAAGAGAGAGCUUGCGGCAGUGAAGGGAGUGAUUGGCAGCGACGAGGACGAGAGCCGGGACAUGUGGCACCCUGUGGCAUGCUCCUUCUUCACUUACGUUCAAAUCUUGCACUGCCGCUGCUCACACUCCCUCUCCGCACAUCUCCCUCCGCAGAAGAUCCUGGAAGCAUCGCAGGAGACGGAGCUAAAGCUGUGCGAGGAGGCAUCCAUGACAGACGCAGUGCUGGCACACGUGGCCGCCAUGACCCGCCUCUCCACCGUCGACCUCUCCCGCUCCUCCGGAUUCACAACACAGGGCCUGCAGCACCUCUACGCCCUGCCCAGCCUCACCUGCCUCAUCCUCUACGGCACACCAGUGGGUGGGGAAGGCGACGAGGCAGUAUCUCUGGAGGGCAUUGGCGCAGCCAGCGGUCUUGACACGCUCAUACUGGACCAUACUAGUGUGGCCGACUCUGAUCUGGAACCCCUGGCUGCGCUCACCUCACUCACAGACCUCUCCCUGGGCAACUGCCACAACCUCACCCCGGCUCUCUUGGCCCAUGUGGGCCGGCUGACUGGACUAGAAGAACUAUCCCUGGGCGGGUGUGGCAUGGGAGACGAAGUGCUGCCGCUGCUCACCUGCCUGCCGCGCCUCGGCACGCUCACCGCGCCUCCCGGGGUUACAGAUGCCGGCCUGCAGCAGUUAGCCGCGCUGCCAUCGCUGCGGAGGCUGUCGCUGUGUGGCUGCCAGGACGUCACCUCUACUGGCAUGCUGCAUGUGGGGCGCCUCACCAGCCUGCAGGGGCUCUUUCUGCGCAACACCCGCGUGACAAACCAAGGCCUGCAGCACCUCACCUCGCUCACCAACCUCCUGUCGCUCAUACUGCCCUCUGGGGUGACAGACGAUGGCAUGCAGCUGACGCCACUGACACGCCUGUGGUCGCUGGACCUGCCUGAUGGCACCAGCAUGGACCAUGAGGCCCUGCUCAGACGCUUGGGCUGGGAGGACAAGAAGAGGGGAGGCUAG